UUAAUAACAAAAACACACCACCGCUCUCCCACGAAGCCGACGCCGCUGCACGCGUUCUUCGCCGCCACCGCCGCACGCCCUUGCCGCCGCCGACGCCGCUGCUCACCCUUGCCGCUGCUCGCCCUUGCCGCCGCUGCUCUGCCGCCGCCGACGCCGGCGCUCGCCCCUGCCUCUGUUUUUCAAUUUUUUUUCUUAGUUUUUAGGAAUUGACGCCAUGUCUUGUCGUGUCUCGUAUCCGUGUCCGUGCUUCUUAGGUAGACAGUAUGGAUGCUGAAGCUAAGAGAAAGGCACUGUUUCGUUCUAAAUUGAACGCUCAGAAGAAGGACAAGCGCAUCGAUUCUCCUCUCGUCAGGUAUAAUGAACUGGACCAACCUGUCUGUAGGGUUUGUGAUAUUGUCUUGAAAUCAGAGGCGUACUGGGAUGCACAUCAGUCUUCUCGUAGACAUCAUGAGGCAAUAGAUAAUCUCAAAGCUAAUGUAGCAGGAAGAUCUGGGGCUAACAAUACUAAAGCUGAGGCCCCUGUUGAACUCCCUAAAAGCAGACCAACAGAGUUGAGAGAGCAGAAAGCAACUACUGGAACAUCGAAAGAGUUACCAAAACCUCAGUCAUCGUCUGUGCUUCCUCCAGAUUUCUUUGAUAGCAAUGCCAAACGGCUUAAAACUGGAAAGGAUUCUAACAAGUUCGUUGAGCCUGAUUCACGAAGUGGAGUAGCAAGUUCUGGUGUUCCAAUGAAGCCAUUAAAUAUAGAUGGAUCAUCUAGUGGUAGCAUUGGAAAGUCAGAGGUGAUCCCAACGGCCAAUGACCUUAGUCAGAAAUCUUCUGUGAACCCUGGUUCAGAGGGGAAGCAAAUAAAGGGAGCUCUGCCUGAAGGUUUCUUUGAUGAUAAGGAGGCUGAUUUGCGUGCACACGGCAUAAAACUUGUUAAGCCUGAUGUCAAAGAUGAAUACAAGGAAUUUGAGAAGUUGAUCCAAGAAGAUUUGCAAGUGGUCGAUGACCGUUUCGAAGAGGAGGAGAUCGAUGCAGCCGAAAUGAUAGAGGAAGCUGAAACCUUAGAGCAAAAGGCCUACAGGGAGAGAGUGGAAUCGUUGAAGAGGAAGAAAGUGGAGUUGAAGACAAAAAGAUCAGCAGAACAAAGUAGAGCCACACUCGAAAUUCCUACCAAAGAGUCUAGCCACGAUGACUCUUCGAGCGAUGAUGACAGUGACACAAAUUAUACAGUUGAUUGGAGAGCUCAACACUUGUGAUAAGUCAAUACUAUAAUUUUUUCAUAUCAUUCAAGUUGUGAUGAAGAUGAAAAAAGAGACAAAUGUGAUAAUGUAGAUGUGUAAGCACAAUUUGUAGCUUGGGAAUGAGUGUUAAACUCUUGCAUAUUGGAGGAAGGAUUAAUGCUGGAAAUUUUGUUUUAGGA